AUGUCAGCCUCCAGUAUAAACGAGGACAUUGUGGCCAAGGUUUCGGCAAGCGAAGUUCUGGUUCCUUGUUUUGCAGCAUCAAGAGCGCGCGAGCUUCAGGAUUUCAAACUCAAUAUGCGGCGGAAGCUGCAGUCAUUUAACGACAACAGUAUUCCCGAGGACAGCACUUUAGCAUCUCUCACCGCGAGGCAUAUGGCAGUUGCUAAGGAUUUCUUCGGGCGCAUGGGCGCUAAUGUUAAUAUUGAGUCCCCGUUCUUCAUCAUCUGGGGCUGUAACACUUUCAUUCGGGACGGGGUCUAUAUGAACUGCGUUGUCUCAAUCCACGACAACGCUCCUGUCUUCGUUGGCGACAGGGUGCUCAUCGGCCCGGAGGAUUGUAUCUGCCCCAUCACUCACGCCUUCGACCCAGAUGAACGACGAGAAGCCAGCGGCACGUCAUUUGCCCAUCCUAUAUACAUCGAGGACGAUUGCUGGAUCGGCGCACGAGCCUUGAUCCUACCCGGAGUCCGCGUUGGCCGGGGUUCGACUGUUGCUGCCGGAGCCGUGGUGGCUAAAGAUGUGGAACCGUACUGUCUGGUAGGCGGUGCACCUGCGAAACUUAUUAGGAGGCUAGCCAACCCCAAAUGA